AUGGAGUUGGGAGGUCUACACUUCUUAACAAUAUUGCUUCUAUGCCAGAACCUCAGACUUGUAAAAGGACAAUGUGACAGCAGUCAAUUUCAGUGUGCUAAUGGGCAAUGCAUUGAUUUGGACUGGAGGUGUGAUGGGACCAAAGACUGUACAGAUGACUCAGAUGAACACAACUGUCCACCACCCUCAUGUAACUCACAGCAGUUCCAGUGCGUGACAGGGGGCGAAUGCAUCCCCUUGCUCUUUGUGUGUGAUGGGGAGCCAGACUGUUCUGAUGGUUCAGAUGAGCAGAGAACUUGUGGUGACCAAACCUGUAGCACAGAGCAGUUCACCUGUCAGGAGGGCCAAUGCAUCCCAAAGGAGUACAGAUGUGACCACAUUAAAGAUUGCGUGGACAACUCAGAUGAGAAUAAUUGCAACUACCCCAGCUGUCCAGAGAAGACUUGUGCCAAUGGGGCUUGCUACAAAAACGCCCAACACUGCAAUGGGAUAUUAGACUGCCGAGAUGGCUCAGAUGAAUCUAACUGCACACAAAGACAUUGCUCUCUGCAUCAGUUUGAAUGUGCAAAUGGGUAUUGUAUCACCCUGUCCUUCGUUUGUGAUCACUGGGAUGACUGUGGGGACAACAGUGAUGAACAGGGAUGUGAGUACCAGAGCUGCAGUGGUGUACAGUUCACCUGCAGUAGUGGACGUUGUAUCCCACAGGACUGGGUGUGUGACGGUUUCAACGACUGCGGAGAUUAUGGUGACGAAAGUGGAUGUGACCCAAGUAUACGAGAUUGUUAUCCUGGAGAAUGGCCUUGUCCUGGAUCCUCUGCUUGUGUGGCAUUCAGUAAGGUUUGUGAUGGUCAUCCUGAUUGUCCAGGAGGAACAGAUGAGACCAACACCACAGCAGAGCUAACCUGCGGUCUGAACCAAUGCUCUGCACUGAGCUGUGAAUAUCGCUGCCACGCGACCCCGCAAGGUGGAGCCUGCUACUGCCCUGAUGGGUUUAUUGUAGCCAAUGACAGUCGCUCGUGUGUGGACUAUGAUGAUUGCAAGAUCUGGGGAAUCUGUGACCAGUUCUGUGAGGAUCGCCCUGGCACUCACCACUGCAGCUGUGCGGAUGGUUACUUCCUGGAACAGGGUCACAUGUGCAGGGCAAAUAUCUCAGCUGGUGUGCCCUGGCUCCUCUUCACUGAGGGGCGUAAUGUGAUGUUGGGAGACAUACAUGGGCGUAUGGUCAGAACUCUGGUCCAGUCAGAUGGCAAAGGCUAUGCUGUUGGUGUGACCUUCAAUGCACAUAGUCAGGUGGUCUUCUGGACUGACACCGAGUCCCAGAAGGUGUACUCUAUAAAUUAUGAUGGAACUGGAAAACAGGAGGUACUGUCUUCAGGUGUGCACGAUGCUCAAAACAUCGCAGUAGACUGGAUUAACUUUAAACUGUAUGUACUGGAAGUUCGUGUGGAGCGCAUCGACGUGUGUGACUAUGAUGGGGGCAAUCGCGUUACUCUGAUAGCAGAGAAUCUAGUAACUCCACAUGGACUUGCCCUGGACCCUACUGUGGGAUACAUGUUCUUCACAGACUCUGGCGACAAUGCUGAAGACGUGAAACUGGAACGGGCAUAUAUGGAUGGUAGUAACCGGCUUCAGCUGGUCAGGACAAGAUUGGGUGUGCCCACAGGAAUCACUUUGGAUCUAGUCACUAAGCGGGUCUACUGGUCAGACAGUCAUUUCAACCUGGUAGAGACAGUCACCUACAGUGGCUUAGACAGGAAAACUAUACUGAACGGUGGUCACCAAAUCCCUCACCCUUUCGGCCUGUCUGUCUUUGAGAAUCACUUAUUCUUCACAGACUGGACCAAGAUGGGAGUAAUCCGUACCAAUCGUUUUAACGGAAGCAACCCAACCCUCCUUUACCGGACCAGUAGCCGACCUGGUCAGAUUGUGGUCUCUCACCCGGUGUUGCAACCCAUUGUGAUGAACCCCUGUGGCAGACACAAUGGAGGCUGCCAGCAGAUAUGUGUUUUAAGUCAUCGCACUGAUAAUGACGGGUUAGGCUACCGCUGCAAAUGUCGCCUAGGCUAUGACCUUCAGCCCGACGGGCAAACUUGCUACAAGCUUAAAGACUUCUUGCUGGUAGCAAAUCAGUUUGCAGUCAGGGGAAUCCCCCUAAAUCUGUCCUCCCAGGAGGAUGUCACACUGCCUUUCACUGGCUUGAGCUACAGCUUUGCUGGUUCUGCAGUGGAGUAUGAUGGAAAGGAGGAAGCUGUAUUCUACAAUGACAGGAGCAUACGUCUCAUCUACAAAUCAGCUGUGAACGGCUCCCACCAUGAGUUACUCACCGGCUAUCGAGUUGGUAAUGUUGAGUCUAUGGCCUAUGACUGGACUUCUAAGGUUCUCUUCUGGACAUCCAGCACCUAUGGAAUUAUCGCAGCCUUAAAAGUGACAGACAAAUCCAGAACGGACGUUGUAACGGACCUCAAAAACCCUCGAGGCAUUGCUGUACACCCAAGUGCAGGAUACCUCUUUUGGUCUGACUGGUAUCGACCAGCUGUGAUCACAAGAUCUUACACAGAUGGAAGCAAUGCGGUGCCACUCAUCAACACCACGUUGGGCUGGCCCAAUGGACUUGCCAUAGACUACAUGAUGGACAGGCUAUAUUGGGUGGAUGCUCUACUGGAUCGCAUUGAGCAUGUGAACUUUGAUGGCAAUGACAGACAGGCCUUCUCCAGCACUGGGCAGAUAACACACCCAUUCUCUCUCACCAUACACGCAGACAACCUGUUUGUGUCUGACUGGAGGACAAAUGCAGUGUACAGGAUGAGGAAGAGAGAUGGGGGAGAUAACCUGGUUCUGCGAGGUGGCAUAUCCGGCAUUUUGAAUGUCAAGGCCUAUUCAGCUGACCUACAAAAUUUAUUUACCAGCAAGUGUAGCAUACUUCCAAAUGGGCGCUGCAGCCACUUCUGUUUCCCUACACCGUCCUCUAAUCGAGUGUGUGGCUGCCCCUAUGGUAUGAAGCUGCAAGACAAUCAGAGGGAUUGUGUGAAGGAUGACUCAGUAGCCCCACCAGACAUCACCUGUGGUGACUACUCCUUCUCCUGUGAUAGUGGCCGUUGUAUUCCCAACUCCUACCGCUGUGACGGUACUAAGGAUUGCAUUGAUGGAACCGAUGAAGCCAACUGCACAAUGCCAGGCAUGACCUGCUCACCAAGUGCUUUCACCUGUGGUAACAAGCACUGCAUCCCCUCUAACUGGCAUUGUGAUGGGCAUGAUGACUGCGAUGAUGGGACAGAUGAAAACAACUGUCCAACACUUCUUCCCAGCACCUGUGGUUUGGAUCAGUUUUCUUGCUCCAAUGGUAACUGCAUUCCCAAGUCCUGGGUGUGCGACAGCGAUAAUGACUGUGGAGACGGUUCUGACGAGAGAGAGUGCAACUCCACAAUCAGUACCUGCCUGCCUGGGUUCUUUCUUUGUCCGGACCACCGGUGCAUCUACAACAGCUAUGUCUGUGAUGGAGACCAGGACUGCAUGGAUGGCUCUGAUGAGAAGGAUUGCGAAUUCACCUGCAGCGCUUUUCAGUUCGCUUGCCUCAGUGGAGACCAGUGUGUGAGCCUGAUGUACCAGUGUGAUGGAGUCUAUGAUUGCAGGGACCACUCUGAUGAGACCACCUGUCCAACCCGCGGGCCGGGUCUGUGCCACGAUGAUGAAUUUCAGUGCCAGGUGGAUGGGUUCUGCCUUCCGGGUGAGUGGGAAUGUGAUGGGCAUCCGGAUUGUGAGGACGGUUCUGAUGAACACAAUGGAUGCCCGCCACGGACCUGUCAGGCUAACGACUUUCAAUGCGCCAAUGGGAACUGUAUCUCCCAGAGCUGGGUGUGUGAUGGAGACAAUGACUGUCGGGACAUGAGCGAUGAAAGAAACUGCCCCACUCCUCCCUUCAGUUGUCCUGCAGGCCAAUGGCUCUGUCCAAAUGUUCAAGUGUGUAUUAGUGAGUCCAAGGUGUGUGAUGGCCAGAGAGACUGUCCGAAUGGAGCAGAUGAGUCACCCCUUUGCAAUGGUGAUGACUGCAGUGUGAAUAAUGGGGGCUGUAGUCAUGGUUGCAUUCAGGGGCCUUUUGGGGCCCAAUGUACCUGUGAGCCAGGCUUCCAGCUUCUGAAUGACUCAAAAACAUGUGAUGACAUAGAUGAAUGUUUGAUCCCAGGAUUCUGUAGCCAGGAGUGUUUCAAUGAGCGUGGCUCCUUCCGUUGCAAUUGCCAGGAUGGAUACCAGCUAGAACCUGAUGGUCGCACCUGUAAAGCCAGCUCUCCUUUUGAGGCCAUGCUUCUGGUUGCCAGACGCAAUGAAAUUGUCUCCAACCGCAUCAACCUCCGUCCUCCCUUGAUUAUUCCUUUGGUCAGCGGCUCCAGCAUUGUGACAGUGGAUUUUGACUAUCAGACCAAGAGGAUCUACUGGGCAGAUUCCACAGAGAAAAAGAUCUAUAGUUCAUUUCAGAACGGCACAGACAAACAUGAGCUCUUCUCCACAGGUUUAAUGGUACCGGAAACUGUGGCAGUGGACUGGGUCGGUCGAAACCUUUACUGGAUUGACUCUGUGAUGCAGAACAUUGAGGUGUCUACUCUUGAUGGCCGCUUCCGCAAGGUUCUCCUCACUGAAAAUGUCACCAGCCCUCGUGGACUCGCUCUGGAUCCUCGGAACCAUACCAAUCUGAUGUUCUGGGCAGACUGGGGACAAAACCCUCGGAUAGAACGGGCAGGCAUGGAUGGCUCGAUAAGAAGAGCCAUUGUGACUCAGAAGGUGUACUGGCCUAAUGGGCUAGCCAUUGACUACACUACCAGACGGAUCUAUUUUGCAGAUGCCUACCUUAAGUACAUUGAUUACUGUGACUACGAUGGCAAUAACCGACAUCAAGUCUUUGCAAGUGACCUGGCAUUGCAACACCCUCAUGGGAUGACCAUCUUUGAAGAUGACGUCUACUGGAGCGAACACUAUUCCCACCAGGUCAUGAGCACCAACAAAUUUCAUGGAGGAAAUCUGACCAUUGCGCUGUCUGGCAUCUACCAGCCAUUGGGCAUCGUCUUGAGCCACCCUGUUAAACAGCCCCCAGCAUGGAAUCCUUGUGAGAACCAUGAGUGCAGUCAACUUUGUCUGUUGUCAGUCAAAAGACCCAGAUAUCAUGUCUGCGCUUGUCAGUCUGGCUGGAACCUCAACAGCGACGGCCGUACCUGCACGAAAGAUGAUACACCAUUCCUGAUGGUGGUCAGAGACACAGUGAUUAUGGGGAUCCCUCUUGACCCCAAUGACACCUCAGACAAUGCCAUGACUCCAGUGUCAGGCAUCACUAAGGGCAAAGACAUUGACUUUGAUGACAAGGAGCAAUUUGUCUACUGGGUGGAGGGCUCUAGGUCCAUUUUCAGAGUGAAAACAGAUGGAACCAAUCGUACUCAGUUUGCACCAACAGCUAUCAUUGGCUCACCUUCUGGUCUGGCUUUUGAUUGGAUAAGUCGUAUCAUGUACUAUACCAAUCCCGACAGUAAAGCUAUAGAGGUUAUCCGAGUUGAUGGAUUUCAGCAUUACAGGAAGACAAUCAUCACGAACACAGGCAAACCUGAAGGAGCGGGACAGCCAAUAGGGAUAGCCCUUGAUCCUGCCAGAGGGAAACUGUUCUGGACAGACAGAGGGACUGACAGUGGAGUUCCUGCAAAAGUGGCCAGUGCUGACAUGGAUGGCAGUAAUCUUAAAAACCUCUACACUGAAAACCUUGGCCAAAUUGAAUAUAUCACUGCUGACAUUGCAGAGAGCAAACUCUAUUGGAGUGUUGGCAGCACAGGAAAGAUUGAGUGUGGCACUAUGGAUGGUGUGACUAGAAUUACAAUCGUGCAUGGCCUGUCCCACCCCGUGGGCAUCACUGUGUAUCAGAACUACCUCUACUACACUGAUCUGGACUAUGAGGUCAUUGAGAGAGUGGACAAAACCACAGGGGGCAACAUGGUGGUGAUGAGGAGUGGCCUGACUGAUUUACAUGCCCUCAAAGUGCAUGCUAGAGACAACUCUGCAGGGACCACAAACGCUUGCAGCACAAACAACGGCGGGUGUCCUCACCUAUGUUUACCUAAACCAGGUGGUCAGAAGACUUGUGCUUGCACCACAGGCUUUGUCCUAUCACAUGAUGGUUCCCGCUGUGAGCAGUAUGACUCGUUUGCUGUGGUGUCUGCUCAAAACCAAAUUAGAGGAUUCCAUAUCAAUAGCUCUGACCACUCUGAGGCCAUGGUACCAGUGGGAGGCAUGUCCCACUCUAUGAUUGACAAGCUGGACCUACAUGUUCCCUCUGGCUACCUGUACUGGGUCGAUCAAAGCCCUUACCCAUACUACAGAGGCAUCUACAGGGCAAAGACAGAUGGAUCAUUCUACACUGGCAUUGUCACAUCAUCUGAAGUUGGCUCCAAAGGGAUACAAGGCCUUGCUGUGGACUGGAUUGCUGGAAACUUGUACUUCACAAAUGCAUAUGAAACUCAGACCUACAUUGAGGUGCUACGUCUGAACAACACUGACCGUCUUAUCCUUCUCAAAAGUUCUGCGGACCAACCCCGUGACCUUGCGGUCAGUCCUAAGCUACGAUACCUAUUCUGGACUGACGCUGGUCAGACACCAAAGAUUGAGCGUGCUCUGCUGGAUGGAAGCAACCGCACUGUACUGGCGUCAGAGAGCCUGGCCUCACCACGUGGUCUCACAGUCGACUACACCAAUGACGUUCUGUACUGGGUGGAUGACAAGCUGGAUAUGAUCUCCUGCAUGCAUGCAGAUGGAUCUGCGCGUCAAAUUGUGCGCUUUGGAAGCCGUUACCCAGCUCCAUAUGGCAUCUCCAUAUUGGGCAACUACAUGCUGUGGGUUGACCAGAAGCUUGGGAAGCUCUUUCAGGCCAGCAAGCUUCCUGGGAAUACUGACGCGGCUGAAGUGAUCCGAGAUGGUAUUGACAACCUGAUGGAUGUUGUUAUCUUUGACUCCCAUGUACAACCCACCUCUGCCAACCAGGUGGCCUUCAACCCAUGCCUUGAGGACAACGGACGAUGCCAACAGCUCUGCUUUGCCAUACCUGAACAGCAGCAGCCCAAAUGUGGUUGUGCCCAUGGAUCCCUGCUAAGUAAUGGUGUAUCCUGUGGCUUUGGCCUUGAUGAGUUUCUCAUCUUCACUACUGAAAAUACUGUAAGCAGUGUCAGGUUGGACCCAGAGGACCACAGCUCACCUUUCCCUACUUUCCAUGUUGGGAGCACUGCGGUGGCUCUGGAUUAUGAUUUCAAGGAUAAGAGAGUGUUCUUCUGCCAGUAUAUGGGCAUAGGGAGUAGCAGAAUAGGCUAUAUAACCACAACCUCUGUCAGCAGCCCUCCUGUCAUCAUUGCAGACAAUCUGGAUAUACCUGAAGGCCUGGCCUAUGAUUGGGUUCAUAAGCGUUUGUAUUUCACAGACUUUUAUAACCAGAGUGUGCAGGCCAUCGGUAUUGAUGGCCAGAACCGCUCCUUCAUUGCACAUGCAGACCGCCCACUAGCCAUUGUGGUAGACCCUUGUUAUGGGUACUUGUACUGGACAGACUGGGGAGGCCCUCCUAAGAUUGAACGAGCCACACUGGGUGGAAACUUCCGGGUUCCUAUCAUAAGUAGUGGACUGUCUAUGCCCAGUGGCCUCACCCUGGAUUAUGAAGAGAGAAUGCUUUACUGGGCUGAUGCUUUGAUGAACAGGAUUGAGCGUUCAUCUUUAACAGGGGAGAACAGACAGGUCAUUGUCAGCAAUACCCAGAACGUUUUUGCCAUGACCAUGUUCCAGCAAGACAUAUAUUGGACUGACCAGAGCACUUAUAGUCUGUAUCGGGCCAACAAAGACGAUGGUUCUGGAGUAACGAUCAUAGUGCAGAACUUGCAGGACAGACCUCAUGACAUUCAUGUGUUCACGGGCAGCAAACAGGAGAGCUGCUCCAGCCCCUGCCAGUUGUUCAAUGGUGGCUGCAGCCAUAUCUGUGUCCCAGGCCCCACAGGCCCAGAGUGUCAGUGUCCACAAGGGGAUUGGUACCUGGCCAAUAAUGGGAAGGACUGUAUUCGCGACGAGGGUCAUCGAUGCCAGCCAGAGCAGUUCACCUGUCUAGAUGGGAGCUGUGUGUCCCCGCGCUGGAAAUGUGAUGGAUACAAUGAUUGCCGUGAUGGUUCUGAUGAGCUGGAACGAGUGUGUGCCUUCCACACUUGCUCAGCCAUGGACUUCACCUGCGACAAUGGCCGCUGUGUCCCUCUCUUCUACGUGUGCGAUUAUACCAACGACUGUGGUGACAAUAGCGAUGAAAAGGGUUGCCAGUUCCCCACGUGUAAUCCGACCACUGAGUUCACCUGCUCCAAUGGACGCUGCAUCAGUGCUGACUUUGUGUGUGACGGAUUCAAUGACUGCCGUGACAAUGGCACCACAGAUGAGAUAAACUGCCCGGAUAGAACAUGCCCACCUGGUAAUAUCAAAUGUGAUACCACUAACAUCUGCAUAUAUCCUGACAACCUGUGUGACGGCUUUAACAACUGUGGAGACAACAGUGAUGAAAACCCUCUCUUCUGUGCGGGUCGAACAUGUUCUGCAGACCAGUUCCGCUGUGACCAGGGGACAUGCAUUCCUCAGUUCUGGGUGUGUGAUGGUGUGGUAGACUGUGUGGAUGGCAGUGAUGAACCUCUGACCUGCGAGGAUCAGGUUCACACAUGUCAUCCUGAUCAGUUCACCUGUACGAAUGGCAACUGUAUCCCUGCCACUCUAAUCUGUGAUGGCAACAACGACUGUGGGGACGAUAGCGAUGAAGCUGCAGAGUUACAGUGUGAUUUGAAGACAUGCCACCCUAACGAGUUCACCUGUCCACCCCCCUGGGUACCUGGAAGGCCACGCUGCAUUUCAAAGAGCUAUGUGUGCGAUGGGGAGAUUGACUGUGCAAAUGCUGCAGAUGAACUUCAGAACUGCCCUAAUCGCACCUGCCACAUGAACGAGUUUGCCUGCGCCAAUGGCUUGUGUAUUCUGGUCCCCUUCCAUUGUGAUCGUGUGAAUGAUUGCGGUGAUGGCAGCGACGAGAUUGGCUGUAACUACGAUACUUGCGCCAGUCAUGAGUUCACCUGCCAGAAUGGAAUGUGUAUUCCGGCCAUGUUUGUAUGUGACGGCACAGCUGACUGUCGAGAUGGUUCCGAUGAACUUGACGGUUUGUGCAGGACUCCUGUUCCCACUUGUGCCCCCGGGGAGUUCAUGUGUCAAUCUGGAGAGUGCAUAGACAUCCACAAAGUUUGCAACCACCAGAGGGACUGCUCAGACAACAGUGAUGAGAAGGGCUGUGGGAUUAAUGAAUGCCUCGACCCAGCAGUGAAUCAGUGUGCUCAGAACUGCACAGACACCCUGACAGGCUACUAUUGCUCAUGUCGUGAUGGUUACCGGCUGAUGCCAGAUGGAAAGGCAUGCGAGGACGUGGACGAAUGUCGAGAGAUGCCGUUCGUGUGCAGUCAGAUUUGCGAGAAUGCAGUCGGCUCUUUCUACUGUAAAUGCGCCCCAGGGUACAUACGUGAGCCAGACGGCCGUACCUGUCGACAGAACAGUGGUAUCGCUCCUUACCUGCUCUACACAAACCGCUACUACAUUCGCAAACUCAACACAGAUGGCUCAUCAAUGUCUGUGGUAAUACAAGGACUCUCUAAUGUGGUGGCACUGGACUUUGACUCUUAUGAGCAGCAUAUAUACUGGCUGGAUUCACAUGCUGGUCGCAUAGAGAGGAUGUCUUUGGAUGGAACAGGACGAGAGGUCAUAGUUGAUCAGGAUUUGGUUGGAGCAGAGGGCCUUGCCAUUGACUGGGUGGGACGGAAAAUGUACUGGUCAGAGAGUCUCCAAGGUGCAAUUCAUGUGUCUGAACUUGAUGGCCGCUUCCGCAAGAAGCUUCUCAGUGGCUGUGUUGACACCAACUCCACUUAUUGCUUCACCCUGCCCCGGGCCAUUGCAGUCAACCCAAAAUACGGAUGGUUAUACUGGACAGACUGGGGGACCAGAGCAUUCAUUGGUCGGGCGGGCAUGGAUGGGUCCAACGCGUCAGCCAUCAUCACUACCAAACUCGAGUGGCCUAGUGCACUGACCAUUGACUAUACCACCAACAAGAUCUUCUUUGCUGACUCUCACCUAGGCUUCCUAGAUUAUGCUGACAUGGAUGGCCAGAACAGACACAGGGCUAUAGCUGGAACUCUGCCACAUCCCUAUGCUGUAACCUUGUUUGAAGACUUCGUAUUCUGGACUGACUGGAACACGCACACUGUUGAACGGGCCCACAAAUAUACAGGCGCCAAUCGCAUCGUCAUGGGCAACAACACACACCGUCCUUACGACAUCCACGUGUACCACCCGUACAGGCAGCCACGCAGUGAGAACCCCUGCACAACACACCAUCUAACCUGCAGUCACCUGUGUCUUAUCGGACCGGGUGGCACCAGUGCCAGCUGUGAAUGUCCUGAUCACUUCAUUGCAAUUUCUUUGGGAUUUACAAUCCAGUGUGUCGCUGAUUGUUCCAGCACGCAGUUCCGUUGUGGGGACAAUGAGAAGUGUAUUCCUAUUUGGUGGAAGUGUGAUGGUCAGUCAGACUGUGGGGAUGGUUCUGAUGAGCCUCAGACAUGCCCACCACGGGUCUGCCCAGUUGGUCAAUUUCAGUGCCAGGAUGGUAACUGCACCCACUCAAACCAAGUGUGCGAUGCCACUCCUAACUGUCCCGAUGGCUCUGAUGAGGAUGAGGCACUUUGCAGUGACCAUCGUUGUCAAGAGAACCAGUUCCAGUGUAAGAAUAAACAAUGCAUUCCCAGUUCCUGGCAUUGUGAUGGUUUCUCUGACUGUACUGAUGGUAGUGAUGAGGGACCGGAGAGCUGUGACCAAAAGACAUGUCGGCCGGGACAAUUCCAGUGCAAUAAUGGACACUGCAUUUCACAGGACUAUGUGUGCGAUGCCCAGAAUGACUGUGGAGACAAUUCAGAUGAACCUUAUGAACAAUGCAUCGGUCCUGGUCAUAAGUGUGAUGAGCACACUGAGUUCGCCUGUGAGACAAACUAUCGCUGCAUUCCUCAGUGGGCAGUGUGUGAUGGCUCUAAUGAUUGUAUCGACAACAGUGAUGAGAAGGACUGUGAUGCACUGACCUGUGACCCACUGGGAGAUUUCCGCUGUGAUAACCAUCGUUGCAUUCCCGUGCGCUGGCAAUGCGAUGGGAAUAACGACUGCGGGGACGGAUCUGAUGAGAGAGACUGUGAACCCAGACCUUGCACUGAGAGUGAAUAUCGCUGUGACAACCAGCAGUGUAUUCCUGGUUCUUGGGUCUGUGACCAUAACAACGACUGUGGAGACAAUUCAGAUGAAAGGGACUGCGAACUGCUGACAUGUCGUCCGGGUACAUUCCGCUGUGCGUCUGGACACUGCAUCCCCGCUUCCCAGAGGUGUGAUGGGCAUGCAGACUGUCUGGAUUUCUCCGACGAAACCACUUGCCCAACACGCUACCCUGGGGGGCGGUGGUGUCCUUCUCACCAGUUCCAGUGUAAGAACACCCUGUGUGUGAACCAGUACUUUGUGUGUGAUGGUUUCAACGACUGCGGGGACAAUUCGGACGAGGAUCUCAGCCUCUGCUGGAAUGUCACUUGUGAAAUGCCGGAUAAAUUCCGCUGUGACAACGGCUACUGCAUUUACUCUGGCCUUAUGUGUAAUCAGAAGGAUGACUGUGGAGAUGGGACGGAUGAAAAGGAAGAUGUCUGUCGAGAGCCAACUCGUGCCCCUUGUACCCUUGAAGAGUUUAAAUGUACCAAUGGCAACUGUGUGGCUUUACCCUAUGUCUGUGACCACAAUGACAACUGUGGUGACCUCUCUGAUGAGCUUGGCUGCUAUUUUGGCCAUGACCGGACGUGCGAUGAGAAACUGUGCCAACAUGAAUGCACAAAUCUUAAUGGAACUGGCUUCAUUUGCUCCUGUAAACCAGGCUACAGUGUGGACCCAGACAACACCUUCGACUGCAACGAUAUAAAUGAAUGUGCGAUACAUGGUACAUGCCCUCAGGCCUGUAAGAACGAAAAAGGCGGGUAUGAGUGUGAGUGUGCUCCAGGGUACCGGAAGGUGGGCACGGGGAACGCAUGCGAGGCUGAAGGUGCUGCACCUUUGAUUUUGCUGCCCGAGAACGUCCGCAUUCGCAGAUUUAACCUGCAGACUGAGGAAUACCAUGACUUCCUUCAGGAACACGAACGCAUUGUGGCGCUUGACUAUGACUGGGAUCACAACAACACUGGACUCAGUGUGGUUUAUUUCACUGUGGAGGGGAAGGAUUCAUCGCCAGGGGGUAUAAAGAGAGCUUAUCUGCCCACAGUCGAUGAUCACAGUAAUAAUAUAGCUGCUGCAGUUGAUCUGGACAUCAAAUAUUUAACCAAGCCCAAUGGUAUAGCAGUGGACUGGGUUGGCAGGAAUUUGUAUUGGGUAGACUCAAAGCUCAGACGCCUAGAGGUGGCCAUGCUGGAUGGGCGCUACAGGAAGCAUCUGGUUAAGACAGACCUUGGGGAACCCAAUGCAGUAGCAGUCAACCCCCGACUUGGGAUGCUGUACUGGACUGACUGUGGAUCUACACCACGGAUAGAGGCCUCGCAGAUGGAUGGUCAGGGGAGGAAAGUUCUGGUGGAAACCGGUUUGGGUUGGCCCACAGGCCUGUCCAUUGACUUUACCAACAACGACCGCAUUUACUGGUCUGAUGCCAAGGAGAGUCACAUUGAGUCUGUGCUUCCAACUGGAGAGGAUAGACGGAUAGCAGUUUUCAUAGAUGUGAGGAACCCCCUUAGUGUGAAUGUGUUUGAGGACCAUGUGUAUUGGAGCACACAGGAGACAGGAGAGGUGUUUAAACAGGAUAAAUUUGGCAAAGCGGCCAAGACUAAGCUGCUGACAGCUGGACCCUGGCUCACGCAAAUCAACAUCUACCAACAGCAGAAAUAUAAUUCCAUAAACAUGAAAAAUCCAUGUAAGGGCACAUGUAGUCACCUCUGCCUGCUGCGGCCCGGAGGCUAUACUUGCGCUUGCCCUGAAGGCACCAACUUCUUACCUGGAAGUAGCACUGAAUGUGAUGCAGGUUUUGAGCCCCCUGCCACCAUGCCUCCUCCAUGUCAGUGUCAGAAUGGAGGAACCUGCUACUUUGAUGACAACAAAGCCCUCUGCAAGUGUACCCCAGACUGGCAGGGUGAUUUCUGCCAAACUAGCAUUUAUAAUACAGUAGCCACCUCAGUUGGCUUGGCCAUCGGCAUUACAGCACUCAUUAUUAUUUUGCUCGGAGCCUUGGUCUACACGGUAAAGAGAAAACCUAAAAUCAUGGAAACAUUUCAGAACAUGAGUAUUCCCCAUUUCAGAAGUGCCACCCCACCCCCUGCUGACAGCACAGGACAAGCCAGAAUAGAGGCUACAGACCACAGCAUCACCAACACAGUGAACCCUUCCACAGCAGUGGAGCUGGAGGGAGCAGGCGAGAACUUUGAGAACCCAGCCUAUACAGCAGAGGCUGGCGGACAGGACUAUACUCCCCGCAGCGUAGCAACUGCCGUCCCUGCCUUCAGAGGCGCUGCAAAAGAGAAUAUUGAGAAUCCCGUCUAUGCUGCUGAUAUCUCUAUGGUGCCUAAAUCCAAUGGUGCUGCUGUAUCAGUUAAACCAACAUUUGACAAGGGAGCUUUUGAAAAUCCUGCAUACAACACAGAGGAUGACCAAACACCAGAGGGUUCAGACAGCGAGGCCAAUGAAACGGAACAAGUGGAGGUGGAUGUCUCUCAGGAAGAAGUGGACACAGCAGAUACAUUCUCAAACCCAGUAUAUGCGAUGGUGAAUGUCGGAGAGCUGAUGGAAUGCUCAUCCUCGGACUGGUGA